AUGUCGUGGAGAGGUAUACAGAAGCACAAGAGCAGACCCAGGUCAGCUAUCUCUUCGGUUAAUAAAGCAGACAGCAAGAACCGACCAUUUUUUAUAAUUCUCACAUCACCACUCGCUAUCAAAAUGCUCUCAGACGACUCCGAGGGGGAGGACAUCCAUGAACUGACCAUCAACGCGCACUUCGCCAAGGCGUACGAGUACAGGAAGGAGCGCGAGGAGCUUGCGAAACGUGAGCUCAAUUCGUCUCUCACGGUCGUUGUCAAGGAGAAGUACGGCUCGGACAUCGACGAGGACGAGGCGGAUGAAGAGGACUCGGAGGAGGCAGAGUCCGAAGACGAAGAUGGCGAGGAGCUCACGCCGGCGGUCGACGCCGCAAUAUUACGGACGCUCGCGCGUAUUAGACGCAAAGAUCCGUCUAUUUACGAGCAGGGCAAGAACGUAUUUGAUGAGGAACGUGAGAAGCUGGGCGACGCGGCUCCUGCAAAGCGCAUAAAGAAGGACAAGUCGAAACCGAUUACUAUGCGCCAACACGCUCUGGCAUCUGCACUGAACCCGGACUCGCGGACACCGUCUCCAGAACCGCUCACACAUGCUGAUGAACAGGUCGCUCUGCGCCAGGAAACGAUUGCUGCCUUUCACACUGCUGUGGACAAGGAGGUCGACGAUGACUUUCUCAUACCGCGAGAAAAGACUAAGGAUGAGAUCGAGCGCGAGGAGGAGGAGUACCGUGCAUUCUUGGAGCGGGAAGUUGGCGAUGACCUGAAGGAAGUUGUCACCCUGGACGUGCCAGGGGACGCAGAGAUGAAGGUCGAAGAGGCUGCAGAGGAGCAGCAGAAGAAGAAAAGGAAGAAAAGGAAGGGCGAGGGGCAGCUGAAGAAGAGCGAGGCAGAAGGGGAUCAAGAGUUUCUCAUGAAUUACAUCCUCAAUCGAGGAUGGAUUGACCACUCUGCUCGCCGUCUACCAACGUACAAAGAGAUCACCUCAAAGUCUAAAAAAGGGAAGGGGAAAGCAAAGGAGGAAUUUUCCGAUGCUCAGUCUGAUGACGAGAGUGGAAGUGGGUCAGAAGGAGAGGGGGGCGCUGAUCAGAUGGGAGAGCUUAACGAGGAUGAGUUCGACGAAGUAGCUGAUCGCUUCGAGAGCUCGUAUAACUUCAGAUUCGAGGAACCGGAUGCAGCUACGAUUGCACGCCAUCCGCGAAAUUUACCAUCACUGGUUCGACGGCAGGACUCAUCGCGCAAGGAGGCACGCGAGAAGCGCAAGACCCGCAAGGAGGAGGAGCUGCUCAAAAAGAAGGAGGAGGUGAAGCGGCUGAAGGCGCUCAAGAUGAAGGACAUCCGCGCCAAGCUGGAGAUGAUCGGCAAGGAAGGAGGGAAGAGCCUCGAGGAGAGCAAAGCGUUGCGGGAGCUUGACCUCGAUGGCGACUGGGAUCCCGAGAAGCACGAUCAGCAGAUGGCCGAGCUGUACGAACGCGAGGCGGAUGCAGAUGCGAUAGACGAGGAGAAGCCACAGUGGGACGAUGACAUCGACGUUGCAGAUAUUGUACCUCUGGAAGACGAAGACGAAGACGAGGGUAAGACGAAGAAGAGCAAGAAGAAGAAGAAGAAGAAACAUGAUGAGAGCGGGAUGGACGAGGGCGGCGUAGACAUCGACGAGAUGGAUGCAGAGGUGCAAAAGUCGUAUAUCGGUGACGACGAGGAGUGGGAUGGAUCGGAGGAAAUGAGGAAGCGCAAGCUGGAAGAGUAUAUGGAUGAGCUCUACGGCCUUGAGUUCAACGACAUGGUCGGCGACAUGCCCACACGCUUCAAGUACGCCAAGGUCCCAUCGCAGACGUACGGCCUGACACCUGCCGAGAUUCUCAUGGCAACGGACGCGGAGCUCAACUCAUACGUCGGUAUCAAAAAGUACGCACCGUACCGCAAGGAUGGAAAGGGCAAGCAAUGGGACAAUACGCGCACUGAACGGCUCAAGGAGCUCAAGGACUCGUUACGGGAUCGCGGCGUCAUGCCCAACAAUGCAGGCUCAGAUGCACGAGCCGAGAAGGUCAAGAAGCGGAAGGGACGGAAGGAGCGUCUACGGGAGCGAGCCGCUACCACUGCGACGAAUGGUGAGACGGGUGAGGGUGAUGCUGUGCCGGACGAAGGCGCAGACGCGAUGCACGAGAAGUCGGGUAAGAAGGCGAAGAAGGCGAAAGAUGGCCACCGUGACGCUGAGGAAGAGGAAGACGGAGCAGUGGGCGGCGAAAACGGGGAGUCAGUGAAGAAGAGACGCAGACGGCAUAAAAGGUCAGGGCACCACGAAGACGAGUCGUAG